AUGGACGCCGUAGCUUUUGGUGGUGGCAGACUGGAGUUGUUCGAGCUGUCUGGCCAACGGAGACUUGGUGGUUCUCUUGACGCUGGCAGUACGAUUCGUUCCGUCCUGGAUGCGUUUCGACAGCUCAGAGUCCACCAAGUAUCCUCUCUUUUCGGAAUCGGUGUAGGUCAAGAUAUCCCGUCUGGCGAUCGGCUUGGCCUGCAUAGGAAUGUAGCCCUUGGUGCUCAUGAACUUACCUGGAGCCAUGUGCACUUUGUAGCCCAAAGACCGCGAAAAGUAUCUGGACGUAUAGCUGCCCCCAUUUCUCUCGAUGGCUUCAAUAGCACUCUGCGAGGCCUUGGUCGAUUCAAUGCUGAUAUCCAGGUUGUACUCAGGAGAUCCGUUUCCCAGCAAAGCAACUCCUUCUUUGAUCGAUCCGGUGAUCAGCCCAACCUCUUUCAUCUUCUUCAUCGUCAGCACCUCGCCUGGUGCAAGGUUGAGUCUGCCGGAAUCGUGGAACCGCUGGAUUCUGACUAA